AUGUCAGAGAUACACAGCGAGACGCAGCCACCGUUGGCACAGGCGACCGGAUCAAAAUCCAAGAAAUUCUUCGUCUUCACAGUAUGCGCGGUGUUCCUAUUAUGCGCCGACUUUGGAUUCUUCAUGUCCUCUGCACCGCAGCUGGCGGUCUUUGAGGACAUCAUCUGCCGGGAUUACAAAGCCACUCUUCAUCGCGCUGGCAAUUUAUUAGACUCGAGCUUGUCAGUCUCAAAUCCCUGCAAAUCAGAGGCGGUACAGAGUGAAUUGGCUCUCGUCAUUGGAUACAAAGAUACUCUGGAGGUGCUGCCGGGUCUACUGCUGUCGCUCCCAUAUGGUGUGCUCUCGGAUCGCUAUGGAAGAAAGCCCCUCUUGUACCUCGCCCUGUUGGGCAUCCUCCUUGGUGAGGUCUGGAUUAGAAUCGUUUGUUUCUGGUCAACUGUCAUUCCUCUCCGAAUGGUCUGGCUAUCAGCACUCUUUCGAAUCAUCGGCGGCGGCGACCAAGUCCUCACUGCCAUUGCAUUGGUAAUAGUCGCCGAUGUAUUUUCUGAGGAUGAAAGAUCAACCGCGCUGUUCCGACUUCAAUCGUGUAUCUUUGUAGCAGAGAUCCUGGCGACUCCUCUCAGCGCGUACAUGAUGACCUUUGGCCCCAUGGUCCCUUUCACGCUAUCACUCGGCCUCAUCAUGAUGGGAUCCCUGCCCUCACUUCUUCUGCCCGAGACUCUCGAGGAUGCCAUAGCGAAACGGACCAAGCGACCAGAGUCUGCCCACCACGCAGGCGAGCACUUGCAACCCCAGAAGAUUACAGUCUUCCGUGAGCUGACCCGACAAGCUCGCGAGUUUGCGGAAUCCACCCGGUUCAUCUGGUCUGAUUUCAACGUCUGCUUGAUGGUCGCAGUCCUUUUUGUGACUGUCAUGGGUCGACAAUGCACCAACCUCCUCAUGCAAUACGUUUCCGCCAAGUUCGACUGGAGCAUCGGUCGCUCCAGUCUCCUCAUAUCCCUGCGUGGGAUUUUCGGACUGGCAACUUAUUUGCUCCUCAUGCCAUUGCUAUCUUUCCUGGCAGCCAAAUACUUCGACUUGCACGGCAAGCAAAGCGACCAUGUCAUGAGCAAAGGCAGCGGCAUACUGUCGGUGAUUGGCUUUGCUGCCAUCUUCAUCGGUCCUGCGCCCGCCUUUUUAAUCAGCGGCCUGGUCGUUCUGUCCAUCGGCUCGGCAUUCUUUGUGACAACGCGCAGUCUGGCAACUUCGCUCGUACUCCCCGAUCACGUCGGCACGCUGUAUUCGGCUAUUGCAAUUGCACAGGGACUCGGACUCCUCGUUUCAGGUCCUUUGUUCGCCAACCUCUUUCGACUAGGUCUGCAUCUUGGCAAGGCGUGGCUGGGGCUUCCAUUCUUGGUGGCUUCGGUGUUCUUCUCCUUUGCUGUGGUGGCUGUCUGGAACGUGAAGCUCGAGCCUUCACGGGGAAGCGACGAGGAGGAACCCUUGUUAUCCUAG